UGUUCUCUCCUAAUGCCAGACUGUCUUUCGUCUUGCCCUCUCCAAACCCUUUCUCUAUCUUUCUCUCUCUUUCUUAUAUAUAUACAUAUAAAUACAAAACAACCCCAAUUCUCAAAUGCUCGAGAAAAACCCAACAUACAAAGAAAAUCAAAGAAGAAAACUCCAAAAUCCAUAAACCAUGAGCCUCUUCGGCCUCGGAAACAGGAACCAGAGGACUUUCCGCCCCAAAAAGAACACUCCAUCAGGAAGUAAGGGUGUACAGCUUCAAAGGCACAUCAUUGCCACAUUGGGGAGCGGAAACUUGAGGGAAGCAGUGUGGUUACCUCCCGGAGAAGACCCAAACGAGUGGUUGGCCGUCAAUACGGUAGAUUUCUUCAAUCAAGUGAAUCUUCUGUAUGGAACUCUCACGGAAUUCUGCACGCCGAUCAACUGCCCGACGAUGACUGCGGGAUCAAAGUAUGAGUAUAGAUGGGCUGAUGGGGUACAAAUAAAGAAGCCCAUAGAAGUGUCUGCACCAAAAUAUGUGGAGUAUUUGAUGGACUGGAUCGAAUCUCUUCUCGACGAUGAGUCGAUCUUCCCUCAAAAGCUUGGGGCGCCCUUUCCUCCCGAUUUCCGAGACGUUGUGAAAACGAUAUUCAAGCGAUUGUUUCGGGUCUACGCACACAUCUAUCACUCUCAUUUUCAGAAGAUAGUCAAUCUCAAGGAAGAAGCUCACCUCAAUACCUGUUUCAAGCACUUCAUUCUAUUCACAUGGGAAUUCCGUUUGAUCGAGAAAGGGGAGCUUGCGCCACUUCAUGAUCUCAUAGAGUCGAUCGUAUGCCCCUCUUGAGGAAAUGCUUCAAAUCGAACGUCCACAAAUCCAGAACGAAAUUGAUGAAUGGCAGGAAAUCGAUCGUGCGUGAUCUUAACGAUGUAGCACGAGAAAUCUUAUUCUUUUAUUCGAUUGUCGCUUUGAGUUACAUUAUUUGAACGAUUCGGAUUGAGCAUUGUUGAUUCGGAUUGAAUGUUGUCGACAAAUCGACGGUUCCAAGUCCCCUCUCGGGGCUUUUCGCUUGUUUC